AUGGCGAUUAUGUUGGUCAACUCAUUCAGCCCUGAAGCCUGGAAGCUGCUUCUUGGUAUCUUUGUUCUUGUCUCCGCCGCAUACAUCUCCCGCUCGGUCGGCUUCUUCAAAUCCAGGAAAGGCAUAUCCCUUGGCCUGAAGCCAAGCAACAGCAAGCAUGGGAAGUCGUCGAAAGAGCCCGAGCUCUACAAGAUGCCCAUACCAACUCCGUACCCCAACUGGUCAAUUGAAACAACGAAGCCUCUUCCAUAUCGGGCGUUUCGCUACGGCCCGAAGUACCACGUCACCAUGGGCCUAAGGUCGGUCCAGCCUGAGGAAUGGAUCGAGCUCGACAACCACUUCCCCAAGUACCAUGCAGACAAGGUCGCCCGUUUACAGGAACGGGGCUCGAAGGUUGUCGGAACUCACCCCGACGCCUACGCUGCUGCGAUGGAACUACUUGAGGAGUUGGUGCAGUACCUGCCGAACCGAUACCCCACGUUGUUCAAGCGCACUGCCGUGGGCAUCGACAAUAUCUGGUCCGGCGAAUCAUUCAACAUCGUCGAGAAGCCCCUUGCAGAGGACCCCAUGGCCAUCGCUGCUAAGCUGGUGCAAGAUGACCUGGCCAUCAUGAUGGAACGCCCCGAUGGCCAGUACUAUCUUCUUGCUGGCGCAAUCUGUCUUGCAGGCUUCUGGAGGCUUGAAGAUAAAUACGGAAAAUCUCUUGAAGAGAUCCACACAUCCGGAGACGUACCGCACUACAAGGAGAAGCUGCACAAUGGCAUGGCAAGCUUCUUCAGACGCCUGCGAUGCGAUCAGAUUUACUCACGUAACAACUACUUCAUCCAAGUCGACGACUCGCUUCCAUGGAGUUGGAGCAUCGGCGGCGAAGACGACCCUGUCGUGAGCUGGAGCACAGCUGAGAAAAACAAGGCCAUCGAGAAUCACUUCUUCCGCUCCGAGAGACAGUCUCUGCGUCGCUUGCCAAAGAGCCGAGCCGUCGUUUUCACAAUUCGGACUUACUUCCAUCCCGUCACCGACCUGGCUGCGGAAGACUACGUUCCAGGCAGGCUUGCGAGUGCUGUUCGUAGCUGGGAUGACACUGUUGCCAACUACAAGGGCCGAGAGAUGUAUGAGAAGGUUUUGUUGGAGUAUCUUGACAACGAGCAUAAAAAACAGCUUGAUAGGGGUUUGGAUCUGGAAAAGGAGGAUGAGGUUCGGAAAUAUCCUUGGUGA